AUAACAAUGUCAAUUCGUCAUAGAUUAAGCAUAGUAUCUGCUUUUUAAUUUAUUAUUAAUCUUUUUAUCUUUCUCAUGCCCCAUAAUUUUACUUCAUUUGAUUUCUACCAUUUUUAGCUUUUAAUUAAAGUCAAAGUCUUUAUCAUUACUAAAGAAAAUGUUGACUCCUUCAAAAACACUUUUAAAACUUGUGAUAGUAUCCAUAACAAUAAAUUCUGUGAUAUGUGAAAAUAAAUACACAAGAAGUGCGAACGAAAAGAAAACAGAGGUGGAUUUUAGAACUUUGGAUAAACCUUUCAGGAUGAAUAAACUAAAUCUCUUGUGGACAAAAGCGCAACAUCGACUAACAGAACCCAAGUUGAAGUCUUUGUACAGUGACUUGAUGAUACAAGAUAAAGAAGAAAUCACAUACAAGAGAGUAAAAAGUGACGGCGGUGAUAAAGAGGGUCUUAAGGAAGCAGAUUUGAGACGUAAACUAACAAACAUUAUGAAUAACUAUGGCUUGCGUGAGCACUUUGAAGAUAAUGCUCCUAGGCAAAAGCAAUAUCCAGCUUAUAACUCGGCCAUAGAUGACCACAUCAAUAGGAGUCUAUUUAAAGAUAAGAAAUUGAAUCAGUUGUGGGCAAAAGCUGAGGCUUCUGGGUUUACAAGAGAGGAAUUGGCAGCCCUAAAGGAAGAAUUCACGCAUCAUCAAGAAAAAAUUGAUCAGUACUAUGAUUUACUGAACGAUGUGGAAGCUGGCGAAAAGAAUCAGUAUAAAAAUGCUAUAAACGAGGACGAGUUAGAACAAUACAAUGAAAUUGACGACCACCGUUUAAAAACAAAUGAAAUUAAAAAUGACUACCUAGAUAAAGCUAAUUUAGUCAGAGAAAAACAUAGAGGGCUCCGAGAUGGAAUGGACAGAUUGCAGAGGAUUACUGCCAGAGGGCCAAACAACAAGGAAUUUAUAGAGCCAAAAGUGCAGGGUCUGUGGAGAAUGGCAGCUGCAGCUAACUUUACUGUGGACGAGCUGGCAUCUUUAAAGGUGGAGCUGCAGCACUACGAAUCACGACUUCUCAAACUACGCACGUUGCAUGCUGAUCAUGUAAGAAAUGUAGACAAAUAUAAAAGCAAGGUGGCAGCGGCCGGUGACAAGUUGGAUCACUUUGACGACCAGCAGCAGAUGAUCAAGAAGCACUCGCGGAAAGUCGAGAAGAUGCACGCCGAUCUCGAAGGCAGAAUACUCCAGCGUCACUCAGAGUUGUGAACUAUGUUGUAUAGUGUAUAAAUACUUUAUAAUAUUUUGUAGUAGAGAAAUAGAUUAUAGUGAAGUCUUAUUGGUCGGCUAUGACUGAUUUGAGCGGCGUAUACUAUAAAACAUGUAUAUGUAUAUGUAUAUGUACGGAGAUAAUAUGAAGGCUGUAAUUCGUCACGUGGUAUAAGUGUCAUAUUGAUUAGGUUAAAAUGUGACUGAAUUUAGUUAUUUUUGAUGGAUUAUCUCCAUACAUUUAUAUUUAUCGCUCACCACGUCGCACUAAUGUUACAAAGAAUCCCAGAUUGAAAAUUCUAAUUAUUUUUCCUGUAGCUGGAAGAACAAUAUUUGUAUUGUCCACAAAAUUUGUGACUUCUUAGCAAGGUAACAGUGGUAUAUCAUGACAAAGUUUCACUUCUUUGAGAUCAAAUUUGUAUGAAUUUAUAACAACACAAGAUGCAUUUAUUAUUAUUUAGAGGCAUUCAACAUGGUAGACAUUUUAUAAAAUUUCUCCUCUGUCAAAUUGCAAGUAAAUUAUUAUUAGAUUCAUUAAUAGAUGUUGUAUUAUACAAUGCAGCUAUUUUCAUUUUCGAAACGUUUUUGGCAAAUACUUAUUUUUAAAUUGCUAGUAAAAUAAUUUUUAAAAUAUAAAAAAAAAGAGAUUAAAAAAUUGAAAUUUAGAAUAGAUAACAAAAUAAGUUAAUUGCUAAAAUAAAAGAAAAAAAUGGGGGAAUGAGCAAAUAAUAUUUCACAAUAGAUAUAAUGUACGUUGUUUCCAAUGUUGAAUGCGUGAAACUUAGAGUCUUAGCUAAUUUUCAAUGACUAAAAUUCUGUGUGGUAUUCAUGUUACAUAUCUCUUGAAAAAAUUGUUAACGAGGAAUCUCCCAGUAAUAAGUUCUAUUGUAAUUAUAUAUUUGUUUUUAAA